UUUUACAAAAAUGGCAAUAGCGGCUAAUAUUGUUUUGUAAACAAAGGCAUGAGUUGUGAAUGUGAUUAGGAUGCGAUUAUCUUUCUUUACUUAUGAGGAGAUAAAAUUUCUCUCUUUUUUUUCAUCUCCAUAUAUAAGUGUAGUUUAUCUGGGAAACUGCCACUUCUUUUCGUAAUUUACUAACGUUCUUAGUAAGUGGAUAUUAACUAUGGCUGACAGCAUGUUUUCACAUUAUCAAUCCCCGCUUUCUAACCGCUAUGCGAGUGAUGAAAUGUCUAGAAAUUUUAGUGAUAUUAAAAAAUUUACGACCUGGAGAAAGCUUUGGAUUUACCUUGCUAAGGCCGAAAAGAGCCUUGGUCUAAAAAUCACAGAUGAACAAAUUGCUGAAAUGGAAGCCCAUGUAGACAAGAUAGAUUUUCAAGCUGCCGCCAAGGAAGAAAUGCUGACUAGACAUGAUGUUAUGGCUCAUGUGCACGUGUUUGCUGCACAAUGCCCUAAAGCUGCACCAAUUAUUCAUUUGGGAGCAACAUCUUGCUAUGUUGGAGAUAAUACAGAUUUAAUACUAAUUAGAGAUGCCCUUAACAUUUUACUGCCAAAGCUUGCUCGCUGCAUUGAUAGACUCUCUAAGUUUGCUGAGAACUAUAAGAACAUGCCUACAUUAGGAUUUACUCAUAUGCAACCUGCACAACUUACGACUGUUGGAAAAAGGGCUUCCCUUUGGAUUUCUGAUCUUGUGGCAGAUCUUAUUAACAUUCAGAGAGUUCGUGAUGAUCUUCGAUUCAGAGGUGUAAAAGGCACUACAGGAACUCAAGCCAGCUUUCUUGCAGUGUUUGAAGGUAAUCAUGAAAAAGUUAAAGAACUCGAUAAGUUAGUGACAGAAAUGGCUGGUUUUAAAAGGGCCUAUACUGUGACUGGACAAACAUACAGCAGAAAGAUUGAUUGCUUUGUAGUCUUUAGUUUAGCUAGCUUAGCAGCAACUGUUAGUAAGAUUUGUUUAGACAUUCGAUUAUUGGCAAGUCGAAAGGAGAUUGAAGAACCCUUUGAAAAGACGCAAAUAGGCUCAAGUGCGAUGGCAUACAAACGGAAUCCUAUGCGCUGUGAGCGUGUGUGUUCCUUAGCCAGGCUUCCAAUGGGGGAUCUUUUCAUUGCCCUCAUGACAGCACAAAAUCAAAUGAUGGAACGGACUUUGGAUGACAGUGCUAAUAGGCGUAUCACAUUACCAGAGAGCUUUUUAGCAGCAGAUGUGUUUUUAAAUACCCUUCAAAACGUGUUUGAUGGCCUUGUUGUCUACCCUAAAGUUAUUGAGAGACAUAUCAGAGAAGAACUACCUUUUAUGGCUACAGAGAACAUUCUUAUGGCCAUGGUGAAAGCUGGGAAAGACAGACAAAUUUGCCAUGAAGAGAUAAGAGUCCUUUCUCAGCAAGCAGCCGAAGUUGUUAAAAUGGAAGGAGGUGAUAAUGAUUUAGUUCAGCGGAUCCGAUCAAGCGAAUUCUUUGCUCCAGUCAGAAGUCAAUUAGAUGAUCUCUUGGACCCAAAAACUUUUGUUGGUAGAGCUCCUGAACAGGUUACUGAGUUCCUUGAAGAAGAAGUUUAUCCUCUACUAGAGCCUUAUAAAAAUGUUUUAGAUGUGAAAGCUGUACUUAAAGUAUAAAUUAUUAUCAAAUUAGAGCUAUGUUAUCAAAUAUAUAAUUUUUCUACAAAUUUAUCUGAGCAUUUAAUUCUAAUAAAACGAUCAAUAUUGAAAGUUUUAUAAAUUAAUUUUCUUUUAUUGUUCAUUUAACAUUUGGUCAAAAAAGUAAUUGUGACCUGAUGAAAUACAUCAUUAAUCAUUUUUAAUCCA